ACAUUUAUUUUCUUUCCUGAAGCCGUAGAGCUGCGACUGAAGUUUAGAUUAGUGAUCAUUGUUGAAGUUGCGUACGGAGCUGAUUUCCAUUUUCAUGUGUUUUGAGAAGACUAGUAUUUUCCUGCCUAUACGGGUGACGAUGCCACCAUCAUGGCGAAGGGCGUGAACAGUGCCGUUCGGAGUGUGCCAGUUGUGCUGGUGUGUCUGGGCGCACUACUAUUCGCCAACGUCCUUAUCUACAUUUACAUCGAGUCCCUGUACCAGAUCAGUGAGACUCACGUGUCUCCGCAUGGUGUCUGUCCGCCUAGACACUUCAAAAUGGGAACCAUGAAGAAUUGCUCUCCCUGGCUGCAGUGCCCCUCCGUGCGCACAGAGGUGCGCAAGUUAAAGAUGAUUGGCCAGGGAGCCGUGAAGCAGGUCUUCCUGUCUGAAUGGAAAGGCCACAAAGUGGCAGUGUCCAAGCUGUCUACCCCAGAGUACAGAGAGGACUUUCUGCAUGGGCUGGCCAUGCUGCAGGCACUGCAAGGCCCCCACGUGGUGCUCCUGGUUGGCCUCUGUGUGGAAGACCACACUUUUGUCACCGAGUACCAUCCGCUGGGCUCUCUGCUCAACCUGGACUCGGUGCUGGAGCAGGAGAAGUACCGCAAGCUGGACACCUGGCAGACCCGUCUGCGCCUGGCCCUGGAGUACGUCUCGGCCCUCCACUACCUCCACAACAGCCCCGCCGGCACCCGCGUCAUGUGCGACUCCAACGACCUGGGCAAGACCCUCUCCCAGUUCCUGCUGACCAGCGACUUCCACCUGGUGGCCAACGAUCUGGACGCCCUGCCGGCGGUGGACAGGGCCCGGGGCGGGCUGGUCAAGUGCGGCGGCCGGGAGCUGCAAGGCGACUUCGUGGCCCCCGAGCAGCUGUGGCCCCGCGGCGAGGGCGUCCCAUUCUCGGACAAGCUCAUGCCCGGGUACGACGAGAAGACGGACGUGUGGAAGAUUCCGGACGUGGCGCAGUUCCUGCUGGGGCGGGUGCCCGGCGGCGACGUGGCCCACUUCCACCUCUUCCAGAUCCACGGCGAGUGCAAGCGGAAGGACCCGGCCAGCCGCCCCUCCGCCCGGGACGUCCUGGGCGUGUACAGGACGGUCUACGCCAACAUGAUGAAGGAUAACCCCAGCCCAGGCUCCAGAGACAUGCUAUAAAAAACCCUCCACCCGUCUCCUCUCCCUUUCCCCUUGCAAUGUGAACUUGCCUGUACUGGAUGUGACAGACCCGAGUCGUCUAAAUUAAAGGACUUCAUUAUUUGUCACAUGCUUGUCCCUUUCAUAGCACCCUUUAAGUUUUGAAAAUAUUUAAAAUAGAUAAACUGGGCAGUCUGAGGUCUUUGUGCUUCUGCUCCUGGGUCAAACCAGUCAAAACCAUGUGCUGUCUGUCUGGUGUCUACAUGUCUGGUGAUAUUAACCUUGUGUAACAGGGAUGGUGUGAAAGGGCGGUGUCAUACAGUAUGUGUGUGCUAGACAUCUGUUUGUUGUGUCUAGAUCUUAUUUAACUGCUGAUAGAAGACAUGUCUGUAAAUGCCAGUGUGCCUAAGCUCUUGGCUUUUAGUGUGUUACAAUACUAAGUGCUAAAUGUUCCUACACUUUGGACUUAAGGCUUAUGGCUUGUACUUCCAGAAAGGCAUUGUAGUUGUUCCCUUUAGAGAGUGGUUUCCAACCCUGUUCCUGGAGAUCUACCAUCCUGUAGGUUUUUCAUUUCAACCCUAAUUUGGCACACAUGAUUCUACUAAUCAGAGAUCUCCAGCUGUUGAAUGAAGUGUGCUUUAUUAGUAGGAUCACAGGUCUCGACCACAUGACCUGCAGGGAGUUAAACCUGUAUUUCAAUGGUUAUCCCCAGGGGUCCCCAUGGGCACUUCAACCGUACAGUCAAAUGGGUAAUCAUACAGUUUAGUUUCUAAUUCUAAUAGCAAGUACACAAGAGAAUAUUUCAUUAGGGAGUUAGCACUUCCAUAGAAACCAGUUUCAAUGGGUGGUGAAGGAUAAAAUUGCAAAAAAAAAUUUUGUCCUGUGAAAUUCCAAAGGUUAUGUGUAUAUAGAAAUUAAGAAUUCAAAUGUAUCUUCCUACAUGGUACAGUGCUGUUUGUGUCAGUUCAUAACAAGUUUAAUGCAGCAUUUGUUUAUGCUUACAAUUUACAAUUUAGUGAUGGACACUUUUAGCCAAAGCAACAUACAAAAGUCAAUUUCAAAAAAUGGUAACAAUGGUAAAGCAAAAUGUUAUCUCAGUGUUACUGGGAUGCUUUGUCAAUGUUAUAACAUUGCCACUACAAGAAAGCAACAUGGAUGGUGAGAACGUUUUGUGUUAGCUAGGAUGUUAAGCAAAUACCAGUAGAGCUACAGAUGCAAAGUUACACUUGAAGUGCAGUAAAUAUUUAAAUAUCAUAUUCACCAACCCUGUGUGGCUUCAGGCUAACGCUGUUCUGUAGAAGGGGAUAAAACCAUUAUGAAUU